AGCAGCCCCGACCUUGUACAUCGCAUUCAGCUAGAGUCCUUGAUUGUCACCCGCACGAUACACGCCGCAGCUUCUGUGGCGUUCAAGGUCAAUCUGGCAAGCGCCUCCACGGGAGUAAACACUAGUGCAAGACAGUGCAGGAUCAGCUAGGUUUGCGGCGUACACUGCAUUGAUAUAUAUUCUAGCCACGGCAUCCUAUUGUCAAGCCACAGCAAGACUUGGAAAUCCUUCUCCAUGUCGGCAGAAGAGCUCUCUAAGUUGUCGCUCCGUGAUACUAUGGUCACUACUCGAGCUGGAGCUGCUCGUUUGCGAACAAAUCCACCGCAGACUCCGCAGGAAUCGCCUACUUCGAGCCCCAUCUCUCCGACCCCAUCAUUGAUCGAAUCAACCAACGGUCAUAUCUAUGACAUCUCGACUUUCGACGACGAGCUGCGCCGGCGAGCCAAGAUAGGCCUCGUGAAGGACGACAACAAUAUCCGGAUGCGAUUCUGUAGAGAAACAGACGAUGGCGCAUUCUUUUUCAAUCUGGAUGAUGACAUCACUAUCAAAGUGGAAGAAGGAAGGGUUCCCAAAUGUAGUUGUGGUAACGUGCAGAAUGAGAAGGCCUGCAAGCACAUCUUCUGGUUUAUAGGCCAACUGAGCUCAGUUCUACCGACGAAUCAGACAAUUCAAUUGGCAGGAGAUGGCUCCAGCGUAAAGAAUACUCACCCCGCAGAAGUCCUGAAGAUGCGUUCUCUUCAAGCCUUUGCCGAUCACUUUCACUGGGUAGUUGAAGGCGAAGACUUGCCGGAUACCGAUGAACUUAUUGACGAGGUAGCCAACAUGAUGUCAUGCUUCGAACCGAACGGUCUCUUGCCUGCCGAAUUCAAGAGUGAAGACACGCGAGAGCUGUCAGAACAGUCGCGCAUGUUCCGAGAGCUUCGCCCAAUCGUCAUACAACAUGCAAUUCGGUACCCGGCCUUCUUCAUGCAGCUACAGGAGUUAUGCUCGCCUGAGUUCCAGGUGAAAGUCUUCUUCGAGAAGAUCAACAAGCGCAUCGAUGAAGCGUUCAAUGCGCUGGACGAAUAUAUUGAGAGGGGACCGACCAACCACCGUACGCCGUCUCUUGAUGUUGUGAGCUGUGCCGCCCGGCUUGAGGGAUUGGUAGAGAAGAUUGAAGAGUAUCGUGAGGAUUCGCUGGUCUCGAACGCUGGAGAGAGGAGGGACGAUACAGAGAUCGAGAGAUUGGCCGCGCUAGCUUAUGUUAGGAUGCUGGAAGAAGUCACGAGUCGCAACAAUGACGCCUACGCCAAUAGCCCCUGGGUCACCACAGAGCCACCAAGCGAUCCAAUGAGGAACAACCUCUUCGUCCGCUUGAUAGGCCCUGCGAGCGAGGAGAAUGGGUUCUUUGUGUUGGAUAAGCUCCAAGACAUGGCGCCACAUGUUGUUCGCCAUCACGGGGUGGAUCUAGGGGAGAUUGAGAAUCGGGUCCGGAACACGCCACUAACACCGCCCGCGUACCUGAGCGUUUUACGCUCGCUGAUCCAGGAAAGCAGGAAGAGAGCGGCAUCUCAGAGUGGUGGAAACAGUCCAAAGAGAACGAUGCAGUGAGCUUGCACACUACGGCUCAAACCCCGCGCAACUCUACUGUACCUUCGAACAUUCCUUUCGCUAUCGUUUUGGGUUUCUCAUUUGAUAUGGGUACAGUUCUGGAUUUCAUGUUUCGAAGUGGCUUGGGUGUUCCUCUGGACGGCUACACGGUAAACUCUGGGUCAGUGCGAUACCUCUUCUCCCCUCCUUUAACCGCUUUAUCAUGUGCCGUCGGGCUCUUUUUCUUCCCUAGCCGGAGUUUCGUUCCAGUUCUGUUAUAUCUUUCUCUUUCUUACUUGCUUGAUUCCAUAGGCAUUAGGUUGGCUUGUGGUGAUAGCACUUUAGACUUCACUUCUUUGGCUGCGCUCCUCUUAUCACACCACUCCUUUCCCUGCUUUACAAACCCACUUGUACAUACUCAUCGAGUUAGCUUAACCCACAGAAAUCCAAAUGCAGUC